CCAUUGAAGAUCACCAAUUAAACAAACAAACAGAAACCCAACAUCAUAUCAGAUCGGAUCAUCGAAUUAAUUAAGAUAAGAAGAAGAAGAAGAAAUGGACAUGAGGAUUAUGAACUUCGAUUCCCCUGCUUUCUUCCAAGCUCUCCAUAACCUCGUCGAUGGCGGCGCAGGUGAGAAGAGCUCAGCCCCAACGCAGGAUUACGUUCGCGACGCCAAGGCGAUGGCAUCUACGCCGGCGGAUGUGAAAGAGUAUCCGAACUCGUACGUGUUCAUAAUCGACAUGCCGGGUCUGAAAUCGGGCGACAUUAAGGUGGAGGUAAUGGAGGAUAAUGUUUUGAUCAUCAGCGGUGAAAGGAAGAGAGAGGAGGAGGAAAAGGAUGGCGGCGGCGCAAAGUACGUAAGAAUGGAGAGAAGGGUUGGCAAAUUCAUGAGGAAAUUUGCCUUGCCCGAAAAUGCAGAUACGGAAGCAAUCACGGCUAUCUGUCAGGAUGGGGUUUUAACUGUCACGGUUAAGAAACUGCCGCCGCCGGAGCCCAAGAAACCUAAAAUCAUUCAGGUGAAGAUUGCUUGAGCCCCCAAUGUUUUCCGGCCUUCAUAUGAUCAGUUGUCUUUUAAAAUGUAUUGUGUUUUACUUUUAUCCUAUGCUAAAUAAAAAUUCAAUAAAUCUUUUAGUUUUUAUUUUGAUAUAAUAUUAUUCAAAAUAGUUUAAU